GGUCUCACAGUAUUGCAAGUGUGUUUUUAGCGACAAAACUGGAAUUUAGACGGUUUAAAAGUGCUUUUAAUAAUGGAAAGCAGUAUGUGAGCUACACUGCUAACAUUACAGUCACAUUUAAACAGCAACAUUAUGCUAAGUUAGCCUAUUUGCUCAAGAAAAACUUAAUCGGUAGGUUGUGAGUUCAAACCCCGGCCGAGUCAUUCCAAAGACUAUAAAAAUGAGAACCAUUACCUCCCUGCUUGGCACUCAGCAUCAAGGGUUGGAAUUGGGGGUUAAAGCACCAAAAAUGAUUCCCGGGCGCGAUAUUGCUUCUGCCCACUGCUCCCCUCACCUCACAGGGGGUGAUCAAGGGGAUGGGUCGAAUGCAGAGGACAAAUUUCAUCACACCUAGUGUGUGUGUGACAAUCAUUGGUACUUUAACUUUACUUUAACUAUCAAACUCAGUGAAUAGUUGGGCGACUCACAGACUUUGCUUUAAGAUCUGUAGCGAAGCCUCCUUCCCCCUCCAAGUUGUCGUCAACAAAAUAGUGGGCGUACACACGGAGUUGGCUCAUCUAUCUCGAGGCGAGUUACAAAGUAAUUUGCAUAUUAGGGAACCUUCAAAGAACAGUGCAAGACUAGUAACUUCUGCUUAUACUUGUGAGAGAUGGACCAAAAUGUUACCCUCUCCGAGCAGGAUUUCAAUUACAUGGCUGAGUGGUGCCUCUCUAGCCCCACAAAAGGCAGAUCCGGCUGGUUGGCAUGGCAACAGAGGCGGUAGAGAAGAUCUCUGGACACACACAUUCAUUACAAAGGCAAACAUCACUACUUGGUGUUCAACAAAGCGUCUCACUCAUGACCACACAUAGCUGCUCUUCUACAUGAGAUGGUGUGUGCAUCACCACAAGCUGACCACAGAAGUUUCAUUCUUUGCAGAUUAGCAACAACAACUACUCUUCACUUCCAACAAUGCUGACAUGGUCCAAGGUGUCUCCAUCAUGUCAGCCGUGACCAACCAGCCUCUUCCCUUCGGCCAACUGGAGCGAGAGAGGCACAUCCGCAUGAUCUUCAGUGCUUUCCAAAACAAGUGUGACCCCACGUAUCACUGCCCCCGUCACUCGCCAUCACCAUAUCGACAUCUCCGACUGUCCGCCAAGCAACAGAACAUGAGGAGCGAUGAGUCUUGGCUGGAUGGUGCAGGAGGCUCCAACUCUCUGAGCGUGCUGGAUGAAGUCAGUGACUUCCACAUCACUGCCAGACCACAACUACAGGGGCCACAGUGUGUUGCUCAACGGCUCUACAGUAUCACCUCCGGGGCCAACAUGUCCCAAUUGUUUGUGGCCGUGGAAGAGAGCUCAUGCAUGUGCCUUCAGUGUUGCGGUCCGGCUCGAGCUUGCUCCCUGCAGGGUUUCAACCAGCAGGGCCAGCAGGUCUUCUACUUCCACAGACCGCUCAGGAUGGACGGCUGCUGUUUCGGUUGCUGCCUCAUGGAAAUAAGCGCCUACACGGCUCAAAAGCGACUCAUCGGGGCUGCGUUUCAAAGGUGGAGCAUGUUCACCCCCCUGAUUGAAGUCAAAGAUGCAGAGGGAGUGCCUGCAGUCAAAAUUCAGGGACCGUGCUGCCCAAGUCGCUGCUUGUCAAACCAACAAUUCCAGAUUACCUCCAACAUCGGGGAGAACAUUGGCACCAUAUGGAAGAAAUGGCCUGGCUUUCAACAGGAACACAACAUGGACCAUGAAUAUUUUGGGAUGGAGGUGCCGCUGAGCAUGGAUUCACAAACCAAACUGUUACUACUGGCAGCCACAUUCUUACUGAAUUACAUGUUCUUUGAGAUGAGCUGAAGACGUCAUUAUGGGUCAAAUAAAAUAUGUUGUUUUAAAAAAAUAAAAAUUUUCAACUCAUAA